AUGCGAUUCAGCUGUUCGGUUGCAUGGAUUGUCAUCUGCGUCACUUCAGCCCCUCCAGACCCGGCCGAGCCAUGUCCGGGUGGCGAGCAGGUGUGGGCAUACUUCGCCGGGGAGGUUGACUUUGGAGACGGCGUUGCGGAGCCAUGCAAUCCCAGCAUCAAGGAGUGCUGGUUCGAUGCGGAGGUCCAGUAUGGGCCAGAUGAGCAUGGCGUGUACCAUGUCGUUUGGGCAGAUGGCACGCCUUCUUUCCAAGAGGUGCAUGGUUCACAACUCCUUCGCCUCGACUCCGACAAGGCUUGUGGCACCGCUGCAGCUUUGCAAGCCUCCCAGGAUCGUGGUCCCAUCGCGCCGACGCUUCUGUUGCGUCUCCACUGGGAGGCAUCGGAUGUUGCAUGGCAUGCCGACGCCGUUGCCAAGUUACGUGAAGAUUUUGGACCUGAGGAGGUGAUUGAUGAUUUCGACUGGCACGUGAUCAUGCGGUUCAAGCACACAGCUGCCUGUGAGGAGGUGGGUAGCUUGGGAAUCUGUGAAGGAAAAUCCUUCUUGAUUCCAGAAUCUGAAGCAAUAUCUAGCUGUCUCGACUUCGAGUUUGCAGUUCAUCAAUGCUCUGGCCUUCAAAUGCCUAGAAAUCGUCGAAACGGCCGUGGUUGUCGCAGGCAUAGGUUAAAAAGCCACAGGCUGCAGGUAGGUCUGAAUAUGAAUGGAAGAGGGUGCCCAGAAAGCCCAACUCCUUGUGUUUUGAAAGCAGAAUAUCUCCAUGAAUUAUUCAACUUGUCAUGGUUUAAGGGUGUUCAGGGUCUCUUCGUCAAAGUUUCCGGAAUCAGGGCGUCGUGGCCUCUUUGGGAUAAUCUCGUAAAAAAAAGAGAUAAUAUCGUUUCGUUGCGAGUGGCUUGA